GUUAAUCUUGAAUGUCGUAAUGAGCUUGAACGGAUAUGUCUACUAGCAGCAUUACUGAACAUAAACAGAGUAAACGCAAUCACUGAAGAUCACACUCUCUAGACUGCAUAAUGCUGGAUCUUAACCCAACCAAUAAGCAAUCAACUGUAUGUAUCGAGCAGCCGGGAUUUAGACAUCACAGAAAAGAGAAUUAUGUGUGUCAUCUUUCAGUGGCCCAGGAGGGCACAGGUGUUGAGGAAGAAGUCUUUCAGCUCAGAAAACUGAAUGGUUCGUUCAAUGAGAGUCCCAGUCGCCAGAAACUCCAUAAGGAGCUUUUGCUUGGCCAUAAAAAAGGUCUGCUGUUGGAGGAGAAACCAGAGCUGAAGCGUGUGUUAGAGCAGAGGAGGCUUGACUUACACAGAGAGGAGGAACUCGCACUUCGACCUCCUUCAGACCUCGAACAGGAGCUCCGGAAGAGGCAACAAAAACUGCAGGAGUAUGAAAUGGAGGAAAAGAGGCGUCUAGAAGAUAAGAAGAAUGUUCCAGAAUUUGUACGAGUGAAAGAAAAUCUGCGGCGUAUACAGAUUGCAGAUUAAAACAGAAGCUUGAGUGGAGAAGACGCGCCUUUUCAUUUUUACAAUAUGUGUAUUGUUGUAAUUUAAUAAAAAAAAAUGUUUUGGUGUAAUAUAAGAGUGGCAUACAGAGGCUGAAUGUUGUUUGUAAUUAACCCCCAUAUUUGAAACUUGUUAAGAUGAUCUGUAAAUUUUCAAUGA